CACAUAUUCUGUAAUUAAGACUAAUUUAAUAUUAUGAAAGAUGGACUCAUGCCAGGCAAUAUUUACCGAUGAGAAAAUAUUAUUUACAGAAUUGAAUAAUUUAAUUAAGUUCAUUAAACAUUUGUGAUAUGUCUACACGCUUGGACCGUAACGGUUUUCUGUUUUCGAUUCGUUCAGUUUUGCGCUAUUUACUGUUAAGUGUUAACAACCAUUCAAAAUAUUAUCUCAAAAUUCAAAUCUCGGUGUAGAAAGUAGGAACAUAAAAAUAACAUUAUUUUUUUAGUAAAGUAGAUAGUUAUACAGUGCGUUGUUUGGUUUUUACACAAGAAUGGAAAUUGACGAAGAUAUAAGCUCAAUCGAAUCGAUUGGAGUUGAAGAUGCUGAAUGCUCAUUUGGUGAUAUAUCCAGAAUUUCAGGUGAUAAUUCAAUUCAAUCACAAAAUAAUUCUAAUCAAACUUCUAUUUCUACUUCAGCUGAUGAAAUUACUUUUGAUCCAACCGCCUUUAUUGAAAUCUCUGAUAUACUCGGUCUUGUUGGUAAAAAUUGGAUGAUAUUUAGAGUGUCCCCACUGUGGAAUUUGAAAUUUGACAAAAAUUAUUUGGCCUCGUUAUCCAAACAUUUUACAUUAUCUAUUAAAAAAAAUAUCGCUACUAACAUAAAAAGUCAAAAGCAUGACAGCAAUUUACAAAUAUCUGGUACAUUAGAAGUUAAAGAAGCAUAUCAAGAAUGCAUUGCAUUAAAAAUUCAAGUUAUUAAUACAGAGAAUGACACAUUAAUGUAUGAUGGUGUAUUACUAAAAACACCUGAUUAUACCACGAAAAAAGAUAAAAGUAAUCUUUUGGAUAUGCCCGUUUUAUUAGUACAAGGAAGUAAACCGAUCCUAACCGCAGUACACAACUGGCUGGCUGAAAGUUUUGAUUGUGUUGUUCGACCUUAUGAAUUUGCUUCUUAUGAAUUUCUGUGGCUUAUAGCCAUAUCGAUGGGUGACGCUGGACAAUCAUACAACGAAACCGUUUUAUAUCAUUAUCUCUACAAUUACGAAUUUUCCAAAUGUCAUACGGAUAUAAAGUUUUGUAUAGAAUCAGAAUUUCUCCGAUCAACUUUAACUAAGCUUUCUAUUAAUCGAUCAAAUACAGAAGCUACGUCCUUUCAUUAUUCAGACUUAAUAAAAGUGCAGUCUGAAAUCGAAGAUCAUUUUAAGCUUUCAAGUGGCAUAAAUGCAUCAAAGUUAAGGUUAAAAGCUUUUGAAGCACCUAAAGUUGCUACAAUUAACGUUUCAGGAAAGAUACUCAUCCGGUCAUCUACAUUAAUGGAUCUAAUAUUAAAAUAUUUAAUGGAAUUGGAACACCGAAAAUAAAAUACUAUUAAUUUGUAUAGCUAUGUUGCAACUUGAAAAAAUCACAUGACACCAGUUGUCAAGAUAGAAGUUAAAAUUAUAUUAUGAUGAAAAUAAACAAUCAAAUAAUUAUAAAUUAGGUAUGUUAAAAUUAUAAGAUCUAAUAUUAUAACAACAAAGUAAAUAUGCACACUAAUAGUGUUUAUUAAUUAUAUAAUUAGAGUUUAACUUAAAAACCAAUGACAUUUAAACAUACAAAUGUAAAAAAAAUCGUUGUAAAUAAGUAAGCAUUAUUAAUUGAUAAUCAGUUACAUUGCAUUUGAAUUUAAUAAAUUAUGUACAAGUGGGAAUUACUUAUCAAAAGAACCACUUUUUGUUACUUUAGAGUAAUAUGAUUUAGAGAUGUCUAUUAGAACUCAAAACCAUCCAGGUAGUAAUUACACUGAAUACUGAUCAUGUCUAAAUAUUUCAGUUACAAUCAUUGUACAAGUUACAAUGAGACAAAUAAAUACAAUUGAACAAAAAAAAAAAGUAUACAAAAAUGAUUUACUACUAAAACUUAUAUAAAGAGAGAAAGUGUAGUACGAGUAUAUUUUACAUAAUAUAAGAAAACAGAAAAGACAGCUUUAAGAUUCUAAGUAAUGAAGGUCAUUUUUACAUUUUUAUUUGUGUACAACCAAACCAGCAAUAUUUAAA